AUGGACGACUUCGCCGCCAUGGCUCAGGCCAUGGGAAUUGGAGGCCCAGGUGGGCUGCCAAUGCCUAAUCCCAUUGAGCCUGAAGAAGUCCGUGAGAAGGCCACCCCGAUGGCGGAAGAACUCUUCAAAGACUGGGAAACCCUUCAAAAGAUCGUGGAGAGACAUGAGGCGACAAUCCAAAGGCGCUGGAUGAAAAAGUCCAAGCCGAAACGCCGAGAGAUUCUCCUUGCUGUCUGGCCCGGGAUGUCCGAGCUGCAUAGACCUGACCUCGCAGCGUUCAGAAAGAAGAGGACCGGCGAGGCAGCCCGCGCUGCUUGCAUGUGGCCAAAUAUCAACUUGGAGGAUCUCAGCAAGACGGAGCCUCUUCUCCUGAUGAUCAACGCUCGCGGUCGGAAUCCGCCCGACGCGUUCGCCAUCGUCGACCUCGAUGAGACCAGAUUCGGGCAGGUCAGCAGGACAAUCGAUAUGCCUCGCUUUCUGAAUCUCUAUUCAAUGAUGUUUCUCGGACGGACCACCCCUCAAACCUACGGCGAGCUUGUUUCCUGGGACGACGAGCCUCGCGGCAGCGAGUGGAACAUCAAGCGGACCACAGUGCAUCCAGGAGAAGGUUUGUGGAUACUGGAAAUCCAGUCCAAGCUGUACCGAUUCCUUGUGGACGUCACGGAGAACAUACUGCAUGACAUUCCUGUCGAAGAGCUCACGGGCCCGGACGUGGCUAUUCAGCCUGAGCCGCCUCUGGUGACCGGUAACCCUGAGGAUUCCUAUUCCGCAUCCCUGGCAGUCACCGCGCUCGAAGGUCCUUACCGCUUACCCGCCAAACUCGACCUGUCUCGUCUCCAGAGCAUCGUCAAGUCGAAGCUUUCUGAAGCCGAAGAUCAUGUCUGGGCUCUCCGAGAAGACCCUGGGUAUUUCAGCUCGACUUUGAAAGAGUGGAAGCAGCAUCGCCAGGAAAUGCUGCUGGACACUGAAGGCAAACCUCACCCGAUACACGCUCGCAACCCAGAUGUGUUUUGGCAGCGACUCAUUGGCAACACCAUAGCCAGCGCCAUAUUCCCCGUGGAAAUUUGGGCCUCGCUGCAGGACAAGCUCUCUCGCGUCGCCGACCUGAGGGACAGGAAAUACCGCGGCAAGAAGUUUGAGAACGACGAAGAUCUGCCCAAAGACUACAUGAUGGCAUUGCUUCAACUCAAGCACCAUCUCCAGAUGUUUCGGCCGGGGCCGAUCUCGAGUCUGAAGAUGGGUUGGGUUGCGUCGCCACCAAUGCGUCCUUACUGGCGUCGCGUGCCGCCACCAAACGCGACCACGUCCAAAAUCGAAACAACUUCUCUGGGCAACUACAGCGACAAUGAGACGGUGACGGAGCUGAUGUGGAUCAUCAAGAGUCUCUUCGACGACCAGCAGCUGUUUUUGGCUGGUCUACCCACCUUGUUGGACGAGUUGGAUCGGGUGAUGAGGAAGGACACGGCUGCUUCCCAGAUGGUGAGUGGCUGGGUUGCCGGACAAAUAUCCGAUCUCUCUGUUUUGUCCGAAUGUGAAAGACAGCUCGACCUCUUUCAGCCAUGGGCGGCGACGUUCGAGACGGAGAUGGUUUCCUUCAAGGAAGAACUCGAGAGGGAUUUCCACGAAACGAUCAGGCGCCUGGUGCCCAUCAACGAUCUCACCGUCAGCUUAAACAUGGCUAGACUCGGUCGUCCUGAUGCGGACAAGUUCAAAUAUCCGGUGGAGAAGAAGAGAAACAGGGAUAACGUCGAGGCCAUGCGUAAUGCCGAAGAGAUCCUCGAUGUCGUAUGGUCAAACAUCACGAGAGACUUGGAAAAGAGGGAUGGCGUAUCUUCUCGUAUUCGCAAUCUCCUCCACCGCAACAUCGAACGCACCCCUGAAUGGGUCGAACCGGUCAAAGAAAAGGCACUGCCGGCGUCUACAGAUGCCAGUUUGGCCGCACCGUUCGGUGGACCGGCGAUGCAGGAUGCGCCAAAAGAAAAGCCAGCGACUCAGCCCAAGGCGAAGAAGAAGACGAAAGGGGCGGCCCAGACGGUUGCCGAGACACCCGCUCUCCAAAAUGGGGAAGAACCAAAGGCUGAGAAGAAGGCUCUUUUCAAGGUCAACAAGCGUGCCCUCAAAGUGUUCAACACGCUGUUUUUCAACCCAUCGACGUCGUCUUCUCCCGGCGAGAUCGCCUGGACUGAGUUCCUCCACGCUAUGCAGAGCAUCGGCUUCCAUAUGGAGAAGCUGUACGGAUCAGCUUGGAAGUUCACACCAACGAAGGUGGAUGUCGAGAGCAGUAUCCAGUUCCACGAGCCUCAUCCCAGCUCCAAGCUGCCGUUCGUGUGGGCAAGGAGGAUGGGCCGACGUCUGAAUAGGGAAUAUGGAUGGGACGGUGAUAUUUUUGCUCCCUUGUAA